AUGUGUUAUUUUAAUGAACUCAAACUUUUGUUUAACUAAGAAACCUAAUACAAUCCUGAACUAAAUCGAUUUGAAAUAAAAAGUAUUUUAGGCAAAGGUGCUUUUGCUACAGUUUUCUCUGCACUUGAUAGAAUGCUUAAGACAUAAGUAGCAAUAAAAAUGGUAGAUAAAAAACUUUUCAAAAAUAAGGAACAAGAAGAUACUAUAAGAUAAGAAGCCUAGAUGCUUAAAACACUCUAACACAAUAACAUAGUCAAAAUCUUGGGAGUAAGAAUUUUGAUCAUUAACAUAACUUAAGUUUUUCGAGACUACUUUGAAUUUCUUUAUUGUAAUGAACUAGAUAGAUGGAAUCACUUUGUAUAGCCACAUGGGUAAUAUCAAAUCAACUGAAGUGGUUUCUAUCACAAAAUAGAUUCUUAAGGCUUUGAGUUACUUACAUUAAAGAAACAUUGUUCAUAGAGAUAUCAAACCUGAAAAUAUUUUAAUAAGUAGUUAAGGUUGUGAAUCUAAAGUUACCUUAAUAGAUUUUGGUUUAUCUGCAUCUUUAAAUAGAAUUUAAAAUUCUAUAAAUGGUUUGAUGUAUCAAAAUUGUGGAACAUUGUUAUAUCAAGCUCCUGAAUUAAUUAGGAAAGCUAAUUACACAAGAGUAUAUAAUCAUAAUAUACAAUUAGUCAGUAGACAUAUGGGCACUUGGCAUAGUUGUGUAUCAAAUGUUAAAUAGAGGUUUGCAUCCAUUUUAUUAAUAUAGUGAUACAAAAAAUACUUAUGAGAAUAAAAUCAAAAAUUUGUCUAUAAACUUUUAAUUUCAUGAUAAUAGAGAUAUUAAUAACUUUUUAAAACGAACAAUAGCUUAUUUACCUGAACAUAGACUAACAGCUGAUUAAUGUCUUGAACAUCCAUGGAUUACAGGGAUGGGUGAUAUUUCACUUCCUAUUACAUUAAAUGAAAUCAUUUAAUAUUAGGUAGAAAAGCAAAAAAAUAUUAUUAAAUAUAUUAAGAUCAUCUUGUUUUUAAAAUACUUAAUUUUAUCAUCAUCCUGUUAUAAAACUAAUUAUAAAUUUUAUAAUAAUUAGUUUAUUUAAACAGGAUCUUUGACAGAACAUGUAUCUGAUUUAUCUACUGCAACUAUUAAUUUUAAGAUACGUCCAUUAUAAAUCAAAUCAUAGACAAGGUUAGAUUAGUUAGAAAAUAAUGAUACUUUAAGCAAUAGUAGUAGAAAUACAAGUGAUUUGUUCUCAGAUACAAUAGCUUAAGUCAAAACACCUGAUAAUAAAAACAAUUUUAGGAAAAGCAAUUCAAUCAAUCCAUAAGAAAUGUCAAAUCAAAUUAUUUAAACGAAUUAGAAAUUAGUUAAAUUCACCAAUAAAGAUAUUUCUCAAUUAUAUAAGACUAAAAUAUUGAAAAACACUGAAGUACAUCAACCAACUAGUUCAAGAUUACAUCAUGAUAGUACUUGGAACUAAUAAUAAAAUAACAAUCAAAAAUCUAGAUUGAGAAAUAUGCAACAUCCUAAAUUAUCAAGAAAACCUACACAAUUAUGA